AUGACACCAUUAAUGUUGGCGGCUCGGGGAGGACACCUGGAGGUAGUGACAUACCUCGUCACUCACGGCAGUCAGUUAGAGGCCAGAGACACCUGGUAUGGAAAGACACCAUUAAUGUUUGCUGCUGGGGGAGGACACCUGGAGGUAGUGACAUACCUCGUCACUCACGGCAGUCAGUUAGAGGCCACAUCCACCAUGUAUGGAAAGACACCAUUAAUGUUUGCUGCUGGGGGAGGACACCUGGAGGUAGUGACAUACCUCGUCACUCACGGCAGUCAGUUAGAGGCCACAUCCACCAUGUAUGGAAUGACACCAUUACUGUUGGCCGCUUGGGGAGGACACCUGGAGGUAGUGACGUACCUGGUCAGUCACGGCAGUCAAUUAGAGGCCACAGACACCACCGUGUAUGGAUACAGAGCUUUACAUUAUGCUGCUGGGAAUGGAGAUAUUGAUAUGACAAAAUUUUUAAUAGAUCAAGGAUGCAGUCCUUGGAAGAAAACAAAACAGGGUAAAACUCCUUAUGAUAUAGUAACAAUAAAAAGCUCUGAUUCUGAAGAGAAAAAAAGGAAGAAGAAAGAAGUGAUGGACUUCCUAAAGUCUGUCAUAUCAGAGAAAUCUUCAGAAGUCACCUCUGGAUUAGAGAAAGAAGAUGGUAUUGUUCCAACUGAAAUCAAAUUAAUGGCUGACAAAAGAUCUAUUGAUUUGUACCUCAAAUUACUUGAGUCAGGCUCUGAAAAAAAGAGAGACAUACGUUUAGUAGUAGUUGGGAAGAAAGGUGCGGGUAAGACAUCAUUGAUUAGAAGACUGUUUGGUGAAGACAUUACAGAUGUAACCAGUACAAAUGGAAUCGAAAUUCACAAAAUUAAAUGCAAAGCAAUGUCGGAUGAUGGUAUAUGGAAUAAGUUAGAUGAAAACUAUGAAGAAACUCAAGCAAGACUUUUAAAAGAAUAUAUGGGAAAACUUCAGGACAAAAGAACAAUUCAAGAACAAGAAGAAUCCCAAAUAGCCUUUAAGGACAACACACCAGUGACAUCUGUUGAUGAAUCAAAGAAAUCAGAGACAGCAUCCAAGCAAACUAAAAUACGAAAACCUCCAACAGCAGUUGAACCUCAACCAAAACCACAAGUAACUCCCCAGCAGUCAAGCCAAUCAUCUGAACAGGCAGCAAGGGAUUUCGAAACUAUGCUUACCGCUAAGUCUAAAGUUGAUGUGCAUGACAAAGAGGAAUAUGCCACAUUUUUGCUAUGGGAUUUUGCAGGAGAUGAAGAAUUUUACCACACACAUCAAACCUUUCUGUCCCAAGAUGCAAUGUAUCUUGUUGUUACAAAACUCAAUGAAGCUGAUGAUCCUAAUGCACAAGCUUUAUUCCGACUUUGGAUUGACUCCAUACAUUGCUACAGUAGACUGGAAGAGAAAAAUAUCAUAUCUGAUGACAAGACAACUACGUCAGAUGAUCUUGAUCCACCAGUAGUUAUUGUUGGCACAUGGAAAGACGCUGUUACCUCAGAAGCAGACACGGUUGAGGAGGCAUGCAGAGAAAGUUUGUUGGUGUACACCGAGAAUCUGGCAGAUGAUGAACGUGGACAUGUAAGGAGUGAAUACUUUAUUUCUAAUAAAGAAGAUGAUCACAGUGUAUUCCAGCAAAUACGACGAGACAUUAUAAACUCAGCCAGAGAAAUGAGGACAUGGAACAAAGAUUAUCCGUUAAAAUUUAUACAACUGGAGCAACGACUUCAAGAAAAGAAGAAAGAGUUACCAAUUAUUACUUAUCAGGAAAUUAAACACAUUUCUACUGAUACACCAAAGCCUUUAACUGAUGAAGAACUGAUAUUAUUUCUAGAAUUUCACCAUGAACUCCGAUCUUUAGUUUAUUUUGAAGAUCUCCCAGAUAAUAUUAUUUUAGAUACACAAUGGUUGUCUGAUGCUUUUAAAUGUAUAGUAACAGCAAGGAAAUUUCAAGCUAGUACUAAAAAUCAAAAAAGGUGGAAUGAAUUUUACCAUACAGGCAAAUUAAAUUAUGACGUUUUAGAAGAUAUAUUUAAAAAAGAGACAACCAUUUUGUAUGAAAACAAAGACUAUAUCCUGAAUGUAAUGGAGAAAUUUGAUAUCAUUAUACGUUCAAACAAAUCAGGUGCUGAUGUAAACCCUUACUACUAUGUACCUAGUAUGAUCAGAGCAGAACCUGAGCGUGACAUUUAUGAAAUGUUUAAUGUGCCAAAAGAUAUAUGUAAAAGAUCCACGUGGUUGUGUUUUAGAUUUAGGUUUCUACCACCACAUCUAAUGAAUCAUUUAAUUGCUUCACUGAGCAGGAAGUAUACAGUUGCAGAAGUGGUUGACAGUAAGAAGAAAAAAAGACAAAUUGCUCUUUUUAAAGGCACUGCUGUCUUUGAGUUACAACAUGAGACAACAAAAUUAAGAAAAUUACUUGUAAUGACAUGUCCAAAUGUUAUUCAGAUUCAGGUUUGGGAAUUUGGGGAAGACAUUAAAGGUGGUUUGUACAAAUACAUUGACGACUUUGUAACAGAGGAAUUAAACACAAUCAUGCAUACAAGAUUCAAGAUGUCAAAUGUAAAAUUUGAGAAAAAGUGGGAAUGUGGCCUUACUGAGCCAAAGUGUGUGACAGGAUCAAACAUGUUCAUGGAAGAGCCUAUAUAUCAAUGUGACACAUGUCAAAUUAAACACAUGUUCAUAGACGAAUGGUCAGAUCAACAAAAUAAAGCACCAUGGGUACGUCAGAGAAAACAAGUGAACUCUAAUAAAAUAAGAGAAAACGAAAGCAGAAUCAUACAGGACAUACAAAUCAGCCAAAUUUUAGACCAUAUGAUGACACAUCUGGUGAUAUCAGCAGAUGACAGACGUGAAAUUGAACAUUAUCCUCGACAAGAUGACCAGAACAAAGCAUUGCUGGAUAUUGUAAUUAAAAGGAAAGAACCUGUUUACAGUGUGUUUGUUGAUGGAUUACGUAAUUAUGGAUACGAAGAUAUUGCUAAUGAUUUGAAAUAUCAUUCACAGGAAAUGAGUCCAAGUACAACAUCAGCAUCUUCUGAAACUGAAGGCUUAUCAGCUUGGAAUGUUCCAUUAUAUAAAGUUCAAUUACAAAAGAACUAUCUCAAGGUCAUCACUGAUUUACAACACGAGAACAUAGUAGAUCAUCUAAUAACAAAAGAGGUAAUGUCGGUAGAUGAUGGGAAGAAUAUAGAAUCUGGUAAAACCCCACAGGAAAAGAACAGGAAUUUAAUGGACAUGCUUUUGCGUAAAAAUGAACGGGGAUUUAAUGAAUUUCUCAAAGCCCUACGGAAAGACUCAAUUUAUGUAGAUCUAGCAGAUCAUAUACAAAAGACAGAAGUUACGAGCACAGAUAUGGCAACCCUUUAUAAAUGCUUGAAAUAAAAUAAAUGUAAUUUCUUUCAGAAAAAAACUUGACACGAGAAGGUAAAGACACCUAGGACAAAAAUCUGUAAACAUUAAUGAAUACAAGGAGGUAUUGCAAAUCCAAUGUUCAUUGAUUUAUAUAGUCACUUAAAUGAUCAAUGUGAAUGAAUCACAAUAUACUAGUGAUAACAAUCUUUUAUAUUAAUCAUAGUUCAUGUGUGAGUGUCUUCCUGGGCAAGGAAAAAGCUAAAAUAUGUUCUAAUGUUUUAAAAGUGUUCAUUCAUAAACACAAAUCCCCUGUACGCCACUACAAAACAGUCAUGACAUAUUUUGUUCAAGAUAUUCUUUUUAAUGUAUUUUGAUAUAAUUAUUGGAAACGAGUAAUUUCCACAGUUUAUUAAGUCCACGCCACAUACACUUAGGGCAACAUAUCUAAGUGUUUUUGAUCAUACAAAAUUAAGUUAACAGACAAUUUGCAGACAUGACAUUUCAUGCCUAUUGAGCUGGUGAUACCCCUUAUAACAUAACUUCCGCCAGCAGUGGCAUAAACCCUUUGAUGAUAACAAUCUCGUAAAAUAUACUUAGUUUAUAAUUUGUUAUGCUAGUAUGUAAAUCAGCUGCGUUCAGAAAUCAAUUAACUUUAAAAUAAUCUUCACUUGUAUAGUAAAAUAAUAACCUUUAGACAUCGGGAAGAGAUCAACUAAUAUACUGCUAGAUUGAAAUUGUUUGCAAGUAGAUGGCUAUUAUUAUUUCUUUCUUCCUGUAAUGUGUAGGCAAGUAUCUAUUUAUAUUAGUAAUUCCCCAUUUACAAAAGUUGCACUUCUGUAAAUAUAGACAGUGCAAUUUCUUAUAUCAACUUCUUUUACAGCUUAAACUGUAUCACUUUUACUAUGACGUUUCGUAAGAAUUUAUAUCCAAGAAUGGAAAGUUCAUUUGCACUACUACUUUUUUUCAAAGGUCAAAACAUAAGGCUGUGCGGCAUAUUUUUCGACAUCUAUAUACCUCAAAUUAAGGAAUAACAGUACUGUAGUUGAAGAGUUGCCACCGUCAAUUGUAGAUUUGACGGUCGCAAAUGCAGUUUUACUGGCGACGCGGAGCGGAGACAGUAAAACGGAGAUUUGCGACCGUCAAAUCAAAAUUGACGGUGGCAACUCUUCAACUACAGUACUGUUAUUCCGAUUCUAAUGCAUUACAAAAAGAAAAAAAUACGCUAAAACUUGAAAAAAUGUUUAAAUUUGUCAAAUAAAAAAAAUUCCGCGAAACUUCAUGAAUAAUUUUGGCACAAAGACGUCAUGGCUAAACGUGACGUCAUACACAGGAAAACUUACAAACUGGAGGUUAUUUCGUUACCUGUACGCUUUAAAUUUGGAUAAAACUACAUUAAAACGGCAAAUUCGAGGUAGGUGUUGUUUUAUUUUUGAUUAUAUAGUAGUAAUCGAACAUUUGUUGAUUCAUCAAUUCAAAAUUGGCGGGUCUCUCCUUAGUUACGCCUGGUCAACUGUGGAUUUGACGGCAACUGUUAGCCAAUGAAAAAAAUUGUUACAUCCAAAUUGCAUUAGAAUAGUUUAUAUUUAUACUACAAUUAUGUACUUCCUCUCCCUUCACGUUUGGUCCUACUCAGAAUUUAGUUUGGCUGUUAUCCAUGUGUAUUUAUACUGGUUAAUUUCCCAAGGUGUGCCUCUUUGAGAUGAAAAAUAGAGAUCAUAUCUGGGAACCAGUAAAUAAACAAAACAAAAUACCUAUUAAUAGUAUAUAUCUCCCCAAAAGAGGUAGUUGGUGAAACAGCUGUAUUUACAAAGUGCAACCUAAAGGUAAUGUCAUAACUUGAUACAAUAUACUAUAUGUACUAUUUUAAUAAAUAUUUAAUAACCUACAUAGCUACAAUUAGGUUAUUAUCAAUUUCAUUUCAUUCAUAACUCUGUAUAUUAAUCAAUUUAAGCUGUUAAAUGGUACCAUAAUAGUCAAUUUAGGUCUAAAUAGUAAGUCUAAUGAAUAAUAAAGUAUGCACAUAUGAAAUAACUAAUUCAGAAACCAAAUCUUGUUCUUUUAAUGUUUUUUUGAAUUUUUUGACAGUAGCUUGGUGUUUAUCAGACAGCAACUUUUAAAUGUACAUUUGUAAAUAAAAAUGUCUCUUUCUAAAUAUAGUUUUGUACAAAAAUGCAACGAUAUGCUCUUAUUAUGUAAAAAUAGUUGUUGCUAACAUAACAUGGUAUUUCACAACGAUAUGCUCUUAUUAUGUAAAUAUAGUUGUUGCUAACAUAACAUUGUAUUUCACAACGAUAUGCUCUUAUUAUGUAAAUAUAGUUGUUGCUAACAUAACAUGGUAUUUCACAACGAUAUGCUCUUAUUAUGUAAAUAUAGUUGUUGCUACAUAACAUUGUAUUUCACAACGAUAUGCUCUUAUUAUGUAAAUAUAGUUGUUGCUACAUAACAUUGUAUUUCACAACGAUAUGCUCUUAUUAUGUAAAUAUAGUUGUUGCUAACAUAACAUUGUAUUUCACAACGAUAUGCUCUUAUUAUGUAAAUAUAGUUGUUGCUACAUAACAUUGUAUUUCACAACGAUAUGCUCUUAUUAUGUAAAUAUAGUUGUUGCUACAUAACAUUGUAUUUCACAACGAUAUGCUCUUAUUAUGUAAAUAUAGUUGUUGCUAACAUAACAUUGUAUUUCACAACGAUAUGCUCUUAUUAUGUAAAUAUAGUUGUUGCUAACAUAACAUUGUAUUUCACAACGAUAUGCUCUUAUUAUGUAAAUAUAGUUGUUGCUACAUAACAUUGUAUUUCACAACGAUAUGCUCUUAUUAUGUAAAUAUAGUUGUUGCUAACAUAACAUUGUAUUUCACAACGAUAUGCUCUUAUUAUGUAAAUAUAGUUGUUGCUAACAUAACAUUGUAUUUCACAACGAUAUGCUCUUAUUAUGUAAAUAUAGUUGUUGCUACAUAACAUUGUAUUUCACAACGAUAUGCUCUUAUUAUGUAAAUAUAGUUGUUGCUACAUAACAUGGUAUUUCAUAACGAAUGUUUUUAACAUAACUGUUCUGUUAAAUGAACCUAUCUUUCAUCCAUCAGAACACAGAAGGGUAAAUCCAAACAGAUUAGUGAUAAUUGUUUGGUUUUAUUAUAUUUUCAAAGAUUUGUAAUUAAAUGCUUGAGAACAUAUCAAUUGUCAAAAAAAUAUUUGUCGACUUACACCCAAGCAAAUGUCUAGCCUCUUCCUAGUCAUGCUAUCUACCUUGUGUUAAGACACAAGUUGUUAUCUCCCAUGUCCGUUUUGGCUAUAAGCGUCUAAGAAAGACAACUCCACUUUGAUCCAAUAUCAAUUAAAUUAUGAAAUAUCAUAAUAUUAUGGUAUUUCUUAUUUGCCUCGACUGAUAUUGAGCUGGUGGAUCUACUUUUAAUAUCAAAUUAUUGCUUUGGGACUUUUCAUUUCAAAAAAGUUUUCUCUGUACAGAUGCCUUUUGCUUGUUCUUUGUUUACUUACAUUUUACCUAACUAUAUUCCUAAUUAAUUUCAAUUUCCUGUACAUAUUUGGUUUAUAAUUGUUAUAUGUUUAUUAAUGCCAAUUUUUGUAAAUCUCCUCAAUUUUCUAAUCUCUUACCUCAAUUUGGAAAUAAACGGACAUUAUCUUUUUGCCUCACGUUUUCUAUAAGGAUUAUGUCCACUCACUGGAAAAUCUACAUUUUGGGAAAAUGUGGAUUACAUUUUUCAUGUCUUAUGUCAAGACAAGAUUGAUAAAAUACCACAGAAACAGUGAGGUCAACUACAUAUAUUGAUUAACGUCUAGAAGAUUGACAUUAGGAACAGGUUAAGAAAAUGAACUUAUCGACAAACGAAAUUAUAAAUAUUUUACAUUUGUGAAUUUUCCAGUUUAUGUUGCACUCCCAGCAUCACCAAAAGAUGAAGAACUGUAAAUUCAGAAUUUAUUGUGAGGUUUUCUAUCAAUACAAAAAUUGCGACUGGUUUUGUAUUGCAAUAAUAAGAACUUGUUUUCUGAUAUACGAUACAUUUAUGCAGAUCUUUCGAAAUGGCAAUAAUUAAUCUUGCAUUUUUGUUCCUCACCAAAAAUUGCAAUAAUAAAUGCACGCAAUGCUAUCUGAAUUAACAGUAUUUAUAUUUUCUUUUUUGACAAUAUUCCAGUACUUUCGUUUAACGACCUCUUUACUAGAGGGUCGCUCUACCAUAGAAACCAAUAAAAAAAGAUACCAAUAAGUUGAAGACAUUAUUUUUUUCUCAUAAUGAGUAGGCAUAAAAUUAAGAAGAUGUGGCGUAUUUUACAAUGAGACAACGCUCCACCCGAGACCAAAUGACAGAAGUUAACAACCAAUUUAAAAUAAGUGUGUUAAUGAUGUCAACUGAACAUUUCCAUUCAAUUGAGACAGCAUUUUCAUUCUGAAUUUCUCUUGUUGACAUCACUUCAAUUUAUCUUUAGCAACAUGUUAGGUAGUAUAUAAAGAGUAGUAACUUCUAAUUUUUUCAGAGAACUAACCUCAAACCUUUUAAAGUGGAGGUUUGUUGUUGUUUCUGUAGUUUUCUGUGUUGUAUUUUCAGUGACUUUAUAGUUCUUUUAUGCUAUUGUUUUUUCUAUCCUUUGUCACGAGAAACAAGGUAUUUUCAUACCGGGCAAUCACCUAUCUCCAACUACAUUGCAUUAGGCAAUGAGUCAUAUUCUGUAGCUUUAGGUGUAGUUUGUUUAUACUAAUUGCCUACUAUAUCUGUAUUUCCUUUUUUAGCUCACUUGGCCGGAAAGGCUAAGUCAGCUUUUAUCAUCAUUUGUCGUCUGUCGUACAUCAUCCAUCUUCGUCAACCUUUACAAACAUCUUCAUUUCUGUAUAUACAUGUACUGGGUCAAAUUUAGCCACAAUUGACCACCAUUAUCAUUACCCUGUAAUGACGAUUUUUACCACUUUUUUUGGCGUUUUGCCUUUUGUGAUAAAAAUUAUAAUAGAUAAAUAGACACUUUAAAAUUCAAAAAUGAUCAGCAAGACAAGAUCCUCUAACAAGCCAAAUUUUGCAGAAAUAGUUAGUGGACUUUCACUCUUUAUAGAAUUUCGUUAAACCCUCUUUUAUGUUUUGAGCAAAAACUAAAGAAGACCGAGAGAAACAUACUAAAUGGUCAGCAAAAGCAAUACAAAGAUUCCAUUCUCGUCUACAAUGUUGGAGAGUGUCCUUUGUUAAAUAUGCACAUAGACCAAGGUGAUCGACACAGGCUCCUUAAAUCCUCUAGUUUUAUCAAGAAACUUCAGUUGUCUGAGAAUAACAUUUUUUAAAAGUAAACUUUCUUAAGGCAUCGGCCUCUAACCGGAAAAGAGACAGACUAUCUGACUUUAGAAAUGGUGUCCUACUUCUAGAUAAUGUAGUACUGGUGUUUGAAAACUAAUAAUAGAAAGAUGCUUUUGAAAUUUUGAGCUCUUCUAUUUUAAUAGCAUACAGCUUGAAUUAAAAUGUACUGAAUUUUCAUCGAUAAAUCAAAUAAUUCAACUUCAUUUGAAAAUGACGAACAAACACUACUUCGCGGAUCUGCGCUACGCGGAAAGUAAAAUCAAUACACACACGAGACAGCAGUUUCUACGUUAUGAUUUUAUCGGUAUUCUCCAGACAUGUGUCAGAUCCAUAUAUGUGUGCCUCCAAACGGGAGUACUAUAAUUCCGGUUUCAAAGGUUUCCUACCUUCCUCCGGUUGAAGAGAAAAUUAAUAGGUAAAUACCGUGUUUAAAAUAUUUCAUGAAUGAACAUUUUUCGUCGCUUACUACGAUUUUUACAAAUGUUUAUGCAAUAGGUAAACCAUAUGUAUUCUUACACGUUACAAUAAAACAAAUCAAAGGAAAUAAAAGGCGAGUUCCAUGGGGUCACUCUCACCCCUUGGUUGUUUAAGAACUUGUUAACAGUUGAGAUCCCCACCCAUAUACCAUAUAUAUUAUUGUAUGGAACAAUGAAAUAAAUCAAAUGAAAUAUAGAGGAACUCCAGAGGAUCAGUCACCCCACCCCUUUCUUUUCUUUUUGAAAACUUGUAAACGCUGGAGAUCCCCACCCCUAAACCAUAUAUAUUUGUGUAUGUGGCAACAAAACAAAUCAAAUGAAAUAAAGUGGGUGUCCGUUUGGGUCAGCCUCAACCCUUCAUGUUUGUGAACUUGGAAACAGUCGAGAUCCAAACCCAUAAACCAUAUAUAGUUUUGUAUGGGGCAACAAAAAAAAUCAAAUAAAAUAAAGUGGGAGUUCCUUUGGGUCAGCCCCACCCCCUGUUGUUUGACAACUUGGAAAUGGUCAAGAUCCCCACUCCUUAACCAUAUAUAUUCUUGUACUGGACAAUACAACAAAUCAAAUGCAAAAGAAGGCGAGUCCCAAGCCCCUUGUUGUUUGAAAACUUGUAAAUGGUUGAGAACCCCACCCACAAACCAUAUAUAUUUUUGUAUGGGACAAUAACAUAAAUCAAAUGAAAUAUCAUGUUUCAGAACUUGUAAACGGUUGAGAUCCCCAACCCUUAACCAUAAAUGUUCUUGUAUUGGACAAUAAAAUGAAAUAUAAGGAGAGUCCUUCGGUGUAACACCACCCCAUCCUGUUUUGAAAACUUGUAAACAGUCAAGAUCUACCCCCUUCUUUUCAAAAACUUGAAAACUGUCGAAAUCCCCACACUGAAACAACAUAUACUUUCGUACGGAAUAAUAAAACAAAUCAGAUGAAAUAAAUGGCUAGUCCCCUAGGGUCACUCUUACCCCUACCCCCUGCCUGUUUGAGAACUUGUAAACUGUCUAGGUACCCACCCCUACAUCAUGAAUAUAAUACUGUACAUGAUUUCAAAUAGAUUUGAAUGACAUACAGGUGUUAUACCUAGACGUCACUUGUGCAUAUCACUUUAUUAGACCAGACCAAUUUGUGGAAUUAAUGUCAGGCGACCGUGGGAAUGACUAAUUUUGAGAACUUUAUUUAGCAGUAUCGUAGCAGCAUCCUGUUUCAAUUAUUUCUUGAUAAUUAUUUUUUUGUUAAGUAGGAAAAAAGUUAAGCAUGCAAUCUACACAUUUACAAGCUAUUUGAAAUAUUACAAUCUACCGUUGCAAACUUUCCACAGGUGCUAUCCAGCAUUUUUAUUUCUUCAAGUGUCAUACAAAAAAUUAAGUAUAGGAAUGAUGUAUAUAUUGUAUUUGUUUACUGCAGUAAUGUAGUAGAUUGUGUCCUUACAUCUAUCUUACAAAUUGUGUCAUAUAGAUGAUAACAUUGUGUUCCAAUGUAGUUAUUUGUACACUUAUUUUCAACUACUGUUGUA